AUGGCCGCGCCAGAACCCGACGAAGGCCAAGACUGCACAGAGAACUCUCACAAGCCGCCCAAAACCCCCAAUGACGGCGCCAAAAAGUCUCCCAAUGAAGGAGGCAGAAAGUCGCCCAGCAAAAGCAAAGACAAUAAAAACUCGAAAGCGAACAAAGAGAAUGUGACCAGAGUAGUGGUGGUGGCGUUGACUCCGGAAAGAAGAAGAGAGACGUGGAAUAAGAAGGUUGAGUUCUUGUUGGCUGUGGUUGGAUUCGCUGUGGAUCUGGGAAAUGUCUGGAGGUUUCCGUAUAUAUGCUACCAGAAUGGUGGAGGUAAGUACAUUAUACCAUUUGUACAAGAAAGUGACAAAAAAGUUUAG